UGAAAAUUCUAUAAAUACCCACUAAACAAACACCCAGCAUAUAUCCCCACCAUCUCAAAGAAUAUAAACACACUACGACUUCCUGAGCUUUUGUUUUGGAAUUUUUCUGGUAAAUAAACAAAUGGCUCCAAGAACCUCUUUUGCAAUCUUCCUUUUCCUUAACCUCAUCUUCUUCUCUUACACUUCUGCUCAAGGCAUUUGUCCUAGAAAUGACUUGCAGCUAAAACCUUGCAUUGAUGGGAUCAUUCAACAGGAUCAGCUAAAAUUUGGAGACCAAGUCCUAAUGCCAUGCUGCUCGCUUGUUCAUGGUGGCUUGUCUGACCUUGAUGCUGUAGCCUGUCUCUGUACCGCUCUCAAGAAAGGCGUUGGUAGCGGUGUCCCUAAUCUUCCCAUACGUAUCACGUUUCUCUUAAAUUUUUGUGGCAAAGAAGCUCCAAAAGAUAUAAAAUGCGUGUAAAAUGAACACUUGAAAAAAAAAAAAAAAAAAGUGAACACUUACGACAUAUCUAAAGACGUGCCUAAAAAUAAACAAAUCAUAUGGUUUACAAAUGCUUAAACUUAUUUGCUUGCCUUUUUUUGUUUAUUUGAAUUGCUGAUUGCUUUUCUGUUUGUAACUUUCUUGGAGUGUUUAAAAUAAUGAACGUAACUUUCUCAUGCAAUAAUGGAUUAUGGGCUUGUGUAUGCAAUCGGCAAGUUCGUACUCCUUUUGCUUCAUUGUUCUUCCUUCUCUUCUUUGUAAGGCUUCUUUUUAAAUUUAAUCAAUAAAAGUAUCGAUCGGUGUUGUUUUCUAAAUCGAGCUUAUAUGUUUAUUCAAAAAAGGGGAAAUGAUAA